AGAAAUGCUUGUGGCAAUUUCAACAAGUUCCCCAGCGCCUCCCUUCUGAAUUUCAUCCUGCGGUCACUGGGACCUUUUUUUUUUGGGACUGACGGCUGUGACGCCUCUCUGAUGAGUGAGUCAGUCCCACAUACAGACGCACUCCGUGGUGCGCUCUGUACUAGUUGCGGGAGAGGAGACGCGAAGAAGCACCUCAGUACUUCCUGAGCUCUUCCACAGCUGCUGCUGUGAGGGGAAAUAUUCACCUGUGACGAACUCACAAGGAUUUUAAAAAUUCAUUUCAGCCCAGAGAAAAGGGAGUCUCUCCAGACGACUGCCAUCUAAUUAAAAGUUUUAUUUUUUAUUUGACCAAGACUUUACAUCGACAUUAAGUAUUUUCCAAAGGUGUUGCGGUUGUUUUGAAUUUAUUCCGGAGAGACUGUGCGCUUCUACAGAGGAUCAUAAUGGCGAGGCAUGACGCCCGAAAUGUGCCCGCAAAAAUGAUCGGGCUGCUCUUCUUUGCGGCGUCGAUACUCGUCCGACACGGGACAUCGGGUCAGCGGGUGAAGGUGCAACCAGAACUAGCUUCAUAUCCCGGCCAGACGGUCAACCUACGCUGCGCCUUCCCGGACCCGAAAGGGAUUCAGCUAACAAUGGUCACUUGGAUAUACGAGCCGAAGGAUGGAGAGAGGAUGAACAUAGCUGUGUUCCACCCUAACUUUGGCCCCAACUACCCUGAAUCCCAGAUGAAGGGCAGAGUCACCUUCAAACCCAGUCCACCGGAGCUGUCCAGCCCUUCCAUUGAGAUCAGUGAGGUCAGGAUGACAGACGAGGGUCGGUACAUCUGCGAAUACGCAACGUAUCCUGACGGCAACGAGCAGGGCGUCACUCAGCUGGUCAUGUUGGCCAAGCCCUUGAACUCUGCCACCACCGUCUCGGUGAACGCCGGUACUCAGCCGGUUGUGGUGGCCCGCUGCGAGUCCAAAGAUGGCCGCCCGGCAGCAAAGAUCCAAUGGUUGACCACAGCCAAAGGCAACUGGACAGAAAAAUCUCAGACGGCCGCCGACAACACGGUGACGGUGACGAGCGAGUACCGCCUGGCGCCGACGGCCAUGGACAACGGGAAGGACCUCACCUGUCUGGUGAAUCACAGGACCCAGCUUAAAGACGAGAGCCUCCCACUGAAGCUAGCCAUUCAGUACCCCCCUGUGGUUGAAAUCGAGGGAUAUGACAACAAUUGGUACGUGGGCCGCACGAACGUGGGGCUCCUCUGCAAGGCUGAUGCAAACCCCGUUCCUUUCUCUGUGGACUGGAAAACAAUGACAGGAGAGAAGCCAGAUACCGUGCAGAUCAAAGAAAAUGAGCUCAAGGUGCUGAAAGUGGACAAUUCUGUCAACACCACCUUCGUGUGCGAGGUCAAGAACAGCAUCGGAACCACCAGGGAACAGAUCACGAUCAACGUCAGAGAGCCUUCAAAGACCAACUCCAAUGCUGGUGUUGUGGCAGGGGCGGUUAUAGGCUCCCUGCUGGCCCUCCUUUUGGUCGCCGCCCUCGUUACCGUGCUCGUCACUCGUAGCCGUAGGCAGCAGCAGGGUUACCGGGCCAACGGUGGCAGCGACAUGAAGACACGCAUAUUCGGUGGCGGCAAGAAGGCGAGCAAGAACGGAACAAGCGGAGGAACGGGAAGCACCGGCGUCGCAGGUGGUAAUAACAACGGACCCGUCUACAUCGAUCGCUCACCUAACCAGGGCCUGGGAGAGAAAAACAACCACCACCAGCCGUUCACCGUGGGCGCCCGGCCUGAGGUCGUCACCGGCACACCCACCGCCCAGGACAUCCUGUUGAGCAGCGAAUUAGACGAAGCAGAGAGGAGGAAGUUCGACGAGAUGGAGGAUGACGAGAGAUACGACCACUUCGCCGGAGGAGGCUCGAUUCUGCAACUGCGCCCCCCUCCCAACCCGGACGAUAUGAUUGGAGAUUACAUGGACGAUGACAUGGAGUCCCAGCGGGAUGGCUCGGUCAUCUCCCGGACUGCAGUUUAUGUAUAGAGGAAGAGGAGGAGAGCAACCAGAGGAGGAAGAUGAGAGAAAUAAAAAGCAGGCUUAAAAAUUCCUCUCGAGGAUUGUUUGGCUUUGGGUCUUUUCCCACUCCCAUUGAGGGGGGGAAAAAAAUACCACUUUUAUUUUUGCAAAUUGAUUUUAAAUAUAUCCAAUUAUUAAUCACAAAGCAGCCCCGUAGUGAGCAGGACUGGAAGAGGGCAUGAGGAAAAGCAUUUUAAGAAGCAUCAACCGAAAAUCAAACUGAGAAAAGCGCAGCAUCUCUCUCACCGCUUCAGCUCAUGCUCUCCCCAUUGCUCAGUUCUUGACUUUCAACUGUCAGACUAAAAGAGAAAAUACAUAGUGUGGGAGUAGGAAAAUUGAAUCAUGAUACAAGCUUGGCUAUACAGGCAUUUCACUUGCAUAUUCACUCCUAACUUCACCUAAAAAUAAAAAAUACUGUGGUUGUCAAGCAGUUCCAUGUUGCCUGCGACUCUCAGUCCUCCUGUGGGAAGCCUUUUGUUUUGGUAAUGUGUUGUGCUGUAACAUCUGGUGUGUUGGUGUGUUAAAAAAAAAGAGACAGAAACCAUCGGGUGUAUUAGAGAUGUGAAUGAUAUAUUUGCUCGUGCUCACUCUGCUCUCUCUGCCUUACUCUGACAACUCUAAACAUGCAGCUCUGCAGAUCAUCAGCAACACUGGACUCUUAAGGUUUGAAGAGAAACUUUCGGUUUAUUAUUGUUUUUUUAGUCCUUUAGCAAUAGAAAAGUUGAGAAAGUUACCAUUUGCAACAACUUUUUAGAAAAUUUGGCAUACAGGCUUGAUUUUUCUGUGCCUGGAGGUUUGAUUCUGGAUACAGGAAUGAAGUGCUGCUGAUGUGAAGGGAUGAAGGGAGAGAUGCAGGAGGAACAGAGAUAAGCACCUUUUCUUCCUCAUCCUCAUCUCCCCAGAUCCCUCCCAACAGGAGGAGCUUGACUGGUAAUGAGCCAUGAAGUUGCUCGUCUAGCUGGGACCAACAGAUUGCCGCCGCUUAUCGUUUAUGAAGUGGCGUUUCCUUGCUCUAUCUCUCUUCCCAUCUCUGCAACCCCUUCUCUUCCCGUUCUCUCCAGUGUUUAUGGGAAGUGUUGAUUUAUCCGGGGCGCUGUCCAGGUCACGGCCACCUAGAGCAGGGGAGUAUUUUACCGCUCCUGAUCCAUCAGGAGCCCCACUUAUUCCACUCCAAUGGAGUAAUUCACCUGGAUUGGCCACAUUCACAACCCCCUCCUUCCACACUUUAGUAAAUGGCCGGAUGCAACAGAACCUCCACGGUGUUGCGGCAUUAGGUAAGACAGAUUUUCAAUGAGGAUCAUAUAUUACUUUCCAUUAGCGGAUGUUGGAUGUUGUGAAUUGAUUGGAGGACGUAAAAAGGUUUGGUAUUGAUGGGCAACAUGUGGUGAAAUGGCCCUUUAGGUGCAGAGCUUAUUGUCUUCGAACCGUUAAUUCUUCCUUUUUAAUGAGCUCCUUUCUAGAAAUUAGACCCGAUGGCUACUGUACACUGAUGUCUUUGAGGCUCAGUGUGUGCAUCUACAUGCAUUUGGAUAAUUGUGAUGAGAAGCUCAUUCCACUCAUGAGUUUCCCGCCCUGAUUAUUGACUCCCCUUUGACCUCCUCAGAAGGACAUCCAGCAGGUGAAAUAUUGAUAGAUGCCAUGAAGGCCAGGUGGGCUCUGGGCUGGCCUUUUGGAAAGAGUCUGCCGGUCAAAUCCAGGUUGACCCGCCAGCCAGGGUGUAGAUGGAGCGUAAAUCACCUGCUUUUCGUAUCAUGGCGUUUUUACCCCGAGGAGAAAUGGUUCAGCACAGACCAGCCAUGGACCGGUACCAGAUUCUCACAGCAGGAUAACCACAGCGUCAGAAUAUUGGCAGAAAUUACGAUGAAAUAAAAUGUUUAAAGCAAAAAAAGGAAACGUAUAACUUCUACUGCUACAAUUUAAACUGUACUCAUUAAUUAGAGAAAGUAAAAUUCAAAAUUAAAUUUUUUAAAAACUGAAAUAUUUAACCUAAAUUUCAGCAUUUUUGAACAUUUUUAAUUAUUUUAAAUCUGAUGUUUUAUUUAAAAUGUCACUUUAUUUUAAAUUGAAUUUAAAAUAAUUUAUACUGAUCAUUAGUCAUAGCUUUGACUUUUUAUUAAUUUUGAUGCAGACCUAAGUAAAACAUAAAACAAACAAGUGAAAUGCGAUUAUUUCGAUGAGUUGCUCUUUUUAUUUUGAUUUUCUUGACUUGACAGCAUCUAGCAGCAGGUGGGGGAGGGGCAGUAUGCUCCAAGCAGCAGGGGAAACCCCAGCCUCUCCGGCUCUGCCCUUGGAAUCUCAUUAAAAGGAUUUUAAACCAUAAAACAAAGUAUGAUGGGAGAUUUUUGCAGAUUUAUUUUUCUGACAAUGGCAGCCGGUCCAUGCCUACCACAGACCCUGCAUUCAAUAAAUAGAAACAUUUGUUUGCUGUUCUAAUUGUUAACCUUCGUGCUGGCAGAGAGAGAACAGGAGAGAGGCAGAAGGCAAAUAACAAAAAUGGUGACAGCAUUUAGCGUUUUGAGCACCGUGUGGCAGAUUGUAAGCCAGCGUGUUCAAUGGGAUUAUCAUCAAUGGCCUUAGUUUAUGCAUAAAUGGAUGAAUAACAGAUUUAUUGAACACAGCUGACUUGUCACAACCACUUAAUAGAAAAAAAUGUAUUCGUUUUUUUGCACUUGUGUUUGUCACAUUUUCAAUGUACAAUAUCAGAGUAAAACUGUGUUUCUUUGGGUUGGCAGGAGUUUAAAAAAAAUGAAGAAAACAACAAGGGACAAAGAAAAACUCUUAUGUACAUUUUGGUGUGAAGUAUCUGUGUACUAUAAAUGUAAUCAUCUUUAUUUUUCUCGUGAAAAUGUACAUAUUUAUGAAAUGUAAAUAUCGGAUUGAUGGAGCCAGUUUUGCCAGGAGGUUUGUGUUCGCCUUGAGUUCAAAUGUCCUUGCAGGCUUUCAGAAUGUAGUUUGGUCAAUGCUGAACUGUCCAACCUUGUAUAACCUGAGGCUUAUUUUAUAUUGGUGUUUUUUCCCUCGAAUCACCUGCAUUUUCACAAACCACAUCCUAUUUCUAUUUUCUUUGCACACAGCAAAAGAAAAAUCCGCAAUUUAUCUGGGAUCCCUUCACUCCCACAAGCAACAGAUGAACGCGUGAGCCAGCUCCGUUUAGUCUGUGUGUAUUCCAGCGACGCUUUCCCGACCGGAGCUGUAACCCGAGUGGCCGACCUGAGUCACCGCUAAAACGUGUCAAACUGCACAUGUUGUGCAUUUCAAAGGUGCAUUCCCUCGCGUGCGCGCACAGCUGCUGUAUGUGUAUACAUGGGCAGGAGGAGAAACAAUUCGCCCACACACAAACACCCUUCAGUCGCUUUCAUUAUGCUCACUCCCACAGCCAAACUGGUGGAGCAGCAGACACCUCAUACCUGACAAGUCUGCCAUCUUCUGACACGAGCCCACACAAAUCUGCACAUAAUAAUAACAAUGGGGGUUGGAGGGGAACAGAACAAAACAAACAAAAUCGCACUAAUAUAGAGAGGUUUCCAUCGUGCUUGAAGGCCGUGUUGAGAAGAUGCUGCACCCAAAUGGUGACCAUGUAAAUCUCACUUUUUAAAGAGCAUCCAUUUAUGUUCUAGGAUGUGCAGCUUUCAUGAAAAUGCCACCAAGCUGACCUCUUGUUCAUCCCAGAUUCCCUUUCAAUGCUUUUAAAAGUCACUCAUCACACUCCCCUCACUCACCUGACUUCUCGUACCUCUUCAUCCUCAGACACAAAUGCGGUGACAUCCACCUCUUCACUGGAGCAGUGCUUGUCAGACAAAAUGCUUUUAGUGAACCCUACAAUUCUGGCUUGCGCCUAGCAUCAAGGUGAUGCAGUCUAAAUAUCAGAUAUUUUUCCCUCCAUGUUCCAAAAAAGCGACGUCCUCUCGCCUGUUUGUUUGGCUCCAGACAUCUGAUGACAAAUCAAAGCCUUAACAUCUCCCAGCUCACUUGCAUCACCGACAAAAAAGAAAAAAAAAUGAAGAACCUUCUUGUGUACAUAGUAUAAAUAUAUAAAUAUGUAGCAGAGAAAAAAGGAAUUACUAAUUUAUGGUGUCACAUUUGUGUAUUACUCAGUGACAGCAAGCAUGAAGGAUUUAUUUUCUUCUAUUACAGUCUCCUCUCUCUCUCUUCUGUUAUUUUGCAGUGCUUUAUAAUUUAUGUUUUCUGAGUGCUUUAUUCUUGACUGCUGCGCUGUGAUUGCUGCCAAAUCUGGUGAAUCUGAACUGUACACACACACGCACACACACACGCCCACGCACACAUACCCACACACACACUCUCUACAAAACAGUCUUAACCCAAAAUGUGCUUUUAUUACUAUCGACUGCUCUGUGUGAACGUGGUUUUAACUUUUUGUAUUUUUUAAUUUUUGACUUUGUUUUGGUCUGAAUUAGGAUUGUUGUCACUGUUCUGUCAUGUCUUUCUAUAUUUCUUUUUCUUUUUCGUAUUCGGUUCAUAUUAAAGAUUUCAUGAUUUUUAAACUGC